AUGCGUUUUCUACAGAUCGGGCCAAAAUUCUUACGUUCAAAUGUGAAUCAAGCCGAAAAAAAGCGAUCCGAGAUGAUCUCUGAUCCAAACAUAUGUUUUGAAUUUGAUGCUAAAUUACCAGUUCAAACUAUUUUAAAAAUUCAAUUAUGGGAUUGGGAUAUGACAAGUGCAAAUGAUAUGAUUGCAGAAACAAAAAUUGAUCUUGAAAAUCGUUGGUUUUCACGUCAUCGAGCCACAUGUGGAUUACCAAAGCGUUAUGAUAGUGUUGGUUACAAUUCUUGGCGUGAUACAAAAAAGCCAGCAACAAUUUUAAAUGGAUUAUGUCGUGUAGCCAAUAUAGCAUUACCUGUAUAUACAUCGGAUUUUAAAUCAUUAGCUAUACAUGAUAAAAGAUUUGAUUGUGAUAAAGAAGUAUGGGAGUUUGCUUCAAAACAAAGUAGUGCACAAGAAUUGUCAUAUCGUAAAGUACACCAUGAAUCACCAACAGAAUAUAUAAAACAAAAUACAGCAUUAGCAGCAUUACAUAAAUGGUCAGAAAUUGAUCCGAAAGGUGCUCUCGUUAGUGAACAUAUUGAAAUUCGUAGUAUUUUUAAUCCACAAUGGCCAGAUAUUGAACAAGGAAAAUUAGAAAUGUGGCUUGAUUUUUUUCCUGCUUCUCGACCACCUGUUGGUCCUCCAAUUGAUAUUAUACCGCCAAAACCGAUAAAGUAUGAAUUACGUGUAAUUAUAUUUAAUACGGAAGAUGUUGAAUUAUCAGAUGAAAAUAUUUUAACGGGUGAAAAAAUGAGUGAUAUUUAUGUGAAAGGAUGGAUUCUUGGUGAUAAACUUGAUGGUCAAGACACAGAAACACAUUAUAGAUCAUUAACCGGUGAAGGUAAUUUUAAUUGGCGUUUUAUAUUCAAUUUUGAUUAUUUGGAUAUUGAAGAUAAAAUUGUUUAUGAUGCCAAAGACUCUGUAUUUCAAGUUGGUUCUGUAUUAAAAAAAAUUCCACCUCGAUUAGUUCUAAGAGUAUAUGAUGCUGAUUUAAUAUCAGAUGAUUUUCUUGGUGAAUGUAUAUUAGAUUUAACAAAUAUACCGUUAGGUGCAAAAUCAUCUAAAGCAUGUAAAGGCACAAUGUUAACUGAACCACACAAAGGAAUAAGACGAAAUUUGUUUGAAACAAAAAGAAUUGCAGGUGAGUUUUGUUUAAGAAAUUGA